AUGAUUUCUGGUCGUUGUGCUGCUUGCAGGUAUUUGAGAAGGAGAUGCCCUUCAGAUUGCAUAUUUGCUCCAUACUUUCCACCAAAUAAUCCUCAAAGAUUUGCUUCUGUUCAUAGAAUCUAUGGUGCCAGUAAUGUUGCAAGAAUGCUGCAGCAACUCCCAUUUUAUCUUCGGGCUCAAGCUGCGGACACUUUGUAUUAUGAGGCGGAACGCAGAAUAGGGGAUCCUAUAUACGGCUGUGUUGGGGUUAUUUCUCGAUUACAUGAGAAAAUAUAUGAAACAGAAUGUGAAUUAGCUAAGGCACGAACUGACAUUGCUUUAGUAAAUGGAUUUGCAAGUUGA